AUGUGCACUCGUACUCAAUCAAUUCACCCUUUCUCUUAUUAUUUCCUUUUUGGCUGUCUGUCCGUCAGUAGGUCAUCGCGGUUGAAUACAAGCCCCCUCGAAAACUAAGUACCAUUCCUUAUACGACUGCAAAAUCCAAAAAAUCGAAAUCGAAAUCUUCUUGUUUCUCCUGCUACCCCAUCUGCUCUAUCUCUACCAUAUCUGCGAGAAUUUUCCUCGUUACCUAUAACCCAACCCAGCCAUGUCGCAAACAUCCUCCCCCUCAAUCAUCACCUCCUUCGUCCGCUGGCUCCGAUUGAAAAACUAUCAAUAUGAAGUCACCAUCUCCCUCUACAUGCUUACAGCCACAGAGAAAUUCAUCUUCAACACGCUCCUCCUCCUCAUAACCUCCAUGCUCCUCACAGCGGCUUACGUCUACCUCCCCGAUCACGUCACCACAAUCAGCAAGCGCAUCUGGUACUACUGGGCAGGCGAUGCCUUCACAGACUUCCCUUUCGUUGCCGUAUCCUCCGCAUCCGCUGCGGCCGCGGCAGCUGUGGCCGCAACUGCCACCUCUGUCUCCGGCCCGGCCAAAACUGCCCUAUCCGCAGUGUAG